AUGGACCUUCAAGGUCGUGGAAUGCAGACAUCCGCUCACUGGAUGAGCUACUUGGCCAGAAAAAAGCAGAAUGCGGCGAAGGGCAAUGUCAGACUCGGGUCAUCAUGGAUGAGCAGUGUAUCAAUGUGGAUAUUCCUAGGAUCGGGCCGUAUCUCGAUUCCAACCGUAAAGCUAUCCUUCCAGAAUUUGGCAGGGGUUGUUACCGCGGGAAGGGCCCUCGAUCGCCAAGAUGUGCUCAUCGACGCACAUCUGACAGCCGAACCGAUCACCCACCAACAGGACAUCAUGGCCUUCAAACCUGUUCCCAUGCUGCUGCGGGCAUUGAUUCUGGGAUCCACUGGUGCGAGGGUCGUUAGCUAUGAUCUUCUUCGCGUCUUGACAACCCAUGGUCGGGAAAGAUUCACUAUUGUGAAGUUCUACUGCCCAACUGCCACGAAGAGAGAUAUACACAUGGCCGGCCUACGACGUGCAGGCCAGGGAGCAGGAGUCACUGCGGCUCUGUCGUAUCCACAAGAACAGUGGUGA